CACCUGACCUCCGGAAAGCUUCUUUGCGGCUGGUAGGCUCCGCCCCUCCUCAUCCUGAUCCAGGUCUGCGGCUGGGUGAGCUCCCCGCAACCCCAACCUACCUCCGCCCCGAUCCCGUGUGUCCUACACAUGGUCACGCUCGGUACUCUGAAGACAGUGCUCCCCGGAGGCUCAGCUAGGUUGAAGAAUUGGCCCUCCAAUCAAUGAUCAGUUCUAGAAGAGGAACUGAGAUGCUGUCCUCUCAGUGUGUACCUGAACAGUCUAAUGAUAUGUUGAUGCAUGUAGACAACGAAGCAUCAAUCAACCAAACCGAACUGAAGUUGAGCACAAGGAGCCCUAUGAUGGAGGAAGAAGAGGAAGAAGAGGAAGAAUCUGAUUCCUAAAGGGAGACGGGAGCUAGGGCUAGUUGCACAAACUACAGUUCUAAGUCUCAGGCACUUAAUCUCUUCAAAGAAGUCCUGGCCUUGAGCCUGAUGGCCUACUUGAAAAAGAAGCAAGAACAAUAGGAGGGUAUGUGCUUAUAAAUGGCUUCCAUCAAUAACUCAAGCUCCAGAGUGCUUUAACGAAAAUUAGUGUCAAAAAUCAAAGAUGCAGUGUCUUAACAUUUGACAAGCACUUUGAUGGUACAGACUAUAAUCUAGCCAGAGUUGCUAAUUGUGCUAAGAACAAAAUUUCCUCUGAAAUGCCAUUGAAAAAGGCAUUUGCAAAAGGGCAGAGUUUAAAUACAAGCCAGCCUUUAAAGUCCACAAAGAUUCUUUUAAGAAAACCAACUAAAGCCUGUUUGCAUGCCAUUGAGCGUGCAUUCUGAGUUAGGGAUAGUUCAAGAAAAAUGUCAAGGGAAGGAGAGAGGGCCACUUGAGCUGCUACCUCUCAGAUGCACUGCCCUCCACAGACUGUUCUGUGUGGCUGUUACCACAUAGAGUUUGAAACUUCACUGGUAAAUGUGUAUAGGAGGGCUGGAGAGAUGGCUCAGCAGUUAAGAGCACUGGUUGCUCUUGUAGAUGACCCACCUUCAGUUCCCAGCACCCACAUAGCUGCUGACAGCUGUCCAUAACUCCAGUUCCAGGGCAUCCGAUGCCCUCGUCUGACAUUACACGAAAUGGGCACACUUACCUACAUGCAGAUAAUACAGUCAUACAUAUAAAAUAAAAAUGAAUUUCUAAAAAUGCCUUUAGGAAUAAAUUACAGAUAAGUAGCACUCAUGGAGUUUGCUGGUCUCCAGACACAAAAGAAAGUAACUCCUUUGGAAGCUGAAAAGAGGUCUUAACCCUCCUCCACCACCACCCUCAACCCCCGGCCUAAGGAGAGGAAAGCUGCCCUUAAAGAAGCAAUCGCUAUCCUCAGGAAAUUGAGUUUUAUAAUAGCUACAAAACAAGAGUUGUUUGAAUCUACAGUUGAGAUUUGCUUCUGCAAAUUGCCCCUUUCCACUGACUGCUAGUUCCUCAUUCUGGAAGGCCUAUUUCCUGUCCCAAAAACAGACAAGGCAAACAAAACACAAAGCAUCCCCUCAAGCAGAACUUCCAGAGAAAACCAUGGAGACAUGUUUGUGGUUGUUAAUCAACAUUUCAUUAAUUAUAAGCUAUUCUUAAAGGAAA